AGAGUUUAGGAACCAGUUAAAUUGAUAGUUUUUUGCUAUUAAUGCAGCAUAUCGGAAUAAAAUUAAAUAUAAAUAUAUAUUUUACUUGAAAACCAUCAUUUCUAAUAACUAGUUUGACUUUUUCCCCUAACAAACAAAAAACAUCAAGCAACCACGCAUAACGUUGUUUUAGAACAUGUGACUUUGUCUGGUGUACAAGGAUAGUCACGUGACAUUGAAUACCGCCAUCUUGUAUACAAAAUGUGAAUAUAUGUUUAAGAAACUAUAUCUUGUUGCUAUGAUACAGAAAGACGAGGGGAGAAAUGUGAUUAUCAUGGUUACAACAGGAUGACUGGAAAAUGGCAGACAACCAACCAGAUCUGGUCAUAGAUGAGUCUAGACAAAGUGUUGAGAGCUCACAUGAUGAAUCUCAACAAAAUCUCAUUCCAACUAAAGGAGAGGUCAUCUCAGAUGAUCAAGAGCUGUUUCUCAAAGUUUUGGAAAACUUAAAAAAUGCUGUUACAAAGCCAGAGAGCCAUGUUGCUUUACAGAGGAGACCAGCAACAUAUCCGGGAGAAACAAGCACCAAUUCCAAUUCCUUAAAUUUAGUUGCACAAAUUUCUGAAAAUGAAUCUCAAAAUUAUAUUAUAAGAUCUGAUGUUACUGAGCCGGGAACCACUACGGUUACUGUAUCUGACAUUACAAAAUCUCGUAUUCUACAGAAACUAGCUUGUGAGAAAACUGUUAAUUCUGUCGAGAAGCAAUCUGAUGAACACACUAGUUUACCUGUAAUAACACCUUUACAUGUAAAUGUUUCAAAGAAAGAAAGUGCCAGUAGUUCAAACUUUGGAAGAGUUACAAGUGAAAAUGAUGGACUAGUGCAGAAGUCACUGUAUUCCGAAAGAGCUGUUUCUUUUGUAAAGACAAGUUUGUUAAAACCAAGCGAAAAGUUGGAGAGAGGAAGCCAAAAACAGAAUAGCCCAUCUGUGCAACUUUAUCCAUGUAAUUACUGUGACUAUUACAGUGAUAACAAAAGUUAUCUCAAACAGCAUGUAGAUUUCGUGCAUAUUUCUGAUCGUCCAUUCAAAUGUCCAUAUUGUGAAUAUGCCGGAAAGAGAAGUCAUGCUCUCCGUGAACACUUGAUUGUACAUACAGAUGAGCGGCCAUUUCAAUGUACAGUUUGUAAAGCAACAUUCAGAAAGAAAGGUCAUUUAACCAAUCAUGUGAAACUUCAUAAUUCUAAAAGGCUUGUGAAAUGUCCAUUGUGCAAAGCUCUUGUUUAUGAUACGGGUGAAAACGGACUAGACGCUCACCUGAAGAAUGACCAUGAUACAGAAAGGUUAUACGGAUGUGAUCUAUGCGAGCAUAUUGCGGCAAAUGAACCAGAUAUUAUAAAACAUUUACGACAGACUCAUAAAACUAAAAUUGUCUCACACAAAUGUGACAAAUGCCCAUAUGAAACAGCAAAUAGUGUUGAUUUUAUUGCGCAUGAAAAUGCUCAUAAGAUGGCUGAAAAUAAGGUACAUAUUGGAGAAAAUGCACCUACCAGUGUGCUUGGAGUUGCUACAUUUAUGAAAGGUUCUGAACACAUGGGAGCUGCAAAUACUAUUGUUAAAAUGAAUAUUGGAGAAUCAAAUCCAACAACUGUGCCAAAGCAGCCAGCAGUCAUUAAACCUGUAUGGAUAAAAUGUUCAGAGUGUGGAUUUACUGGUCAAGAUUCUGAAGUAAUUCGUACUCAUAUGCUUGAACAUCUGAAAGAACAAGGCCUUGAGGUCAUACCAGAGAGUCAUAUACCAGUCACAUCAUCCAGCAGUGUCAGAGAACAAAUUGUUACAUGUACCACAGAGCCAAAACAGACUGUAACUGAGUUACCCAACAGGUCUGAAAGUAAUACUAACUCCCAACAAACACCAAUUCUAGUGCCUGUGACGAAUAUGGAUUUCUUGCAAAAACAUGCAAGCAGUUUAGACAUGACCUCGCCAAUACUAGUACCAGUAACUGAUACGGAAAUGCUGAAGAGAUUACAGCAAUCUGCCAUUCAGCAUAUUGGUGCAAAAUCUAAUGCCAUAACAGUGGUUGCUCAAAAUAAUUCACAAAUGCCAAAGUCAACAGCCACUGCUACAAGUGCAAGUGAAAUAUUGAAACAGAAAAACUUGCUUGCAUUUCCUGGAGAUAAAGAAUUCAAGUCAGUCACUCGCCUAACCACACCCUCUAAGCCUUUUCUAAUUGUCUCCAAGGCUAAUAAUGUUCCUGAAAGGGCAGCAGGAACCUUUUCAUCUCAGAGUAUUGAACAAAUAGUACAAAACUCAAGUGUUAAGGUAAUACCAAUGUCAAAUACUAUCAGUAUGACUUCUUCUGUUAGACCAUCCAUACCUAUAAUUACAUCUAGCACUGUGCCAUUAAUUACAUCAUCUUCUCAUUCGUCAUCCUUGGUGCAGGGAAUGAAAGAUGAUAGCUUACUUGUUCCAGGGCAGCAGCAACACGUACAGCCUAUUACCUUGACCCAGAUCCCUAUACCAAGAACAGAUGCUCCCACUUCACCUCCCAAAUUACCCCCAGAAUUAAUAAACACAAAGACUCCUUUUGAUGAAGCUCCUGGUGCUAAAAAGCCUGAAAUAGUGAAAGUGCCAAUCCAAGGUGCUAAUGUAUCAACAAAUGAAGAGAAACUUCUUUCUCUGAAAGAGAGUUUAGCAAAUGUACAACGUCUUAUUGAACAACAGGAGAAAAUAAGCAAACGCAUUGGUGGCGGUUCCCUAGUGAAGGAUGUUGUCAGUGGUAAGUCUGGUGGUAAAAAUGUUAUUUUCUAUGUUGAACCUGUCUCCAAUCAAAAUUUGCCUGUGAAAUCAUCUGUCAGCUCUGAAUUUACACAUGACAGUACUGUAGGUAAAUUUAAGUGUACACUCUGUGGAUACUGCUGUGACCAACAAAGAACUAUAAAAGCACAUAUUUGGAAGCACUCGGGCAACAAGAACAUUGACUAUCCCAUGUUUCAAAAUGGGCCUCUUAGUGUGUAUGAUGAUGAGUUACCUACUAAAGUUGAAAGAAAUGAGAAUAUUAUUGAAAUUAUAACAUCUUCAAGUGAAGUAAGCAGCAAACCACCUGUGACCCAAAUUCCACAGUUGAUUAAAAGUGUUGCAGAUGUUGAGCCUGCUAAAGUACCACCAUUCAUUGUUUACGAAAACACUAAAAUAAGUAACGUUGCUCCAGCUUUAGCCCACCUCAUUGCUGCAAGAACCAUGGCAGGUAUGAAGAAAAAGGACAGUGAUAUUGAUUCAACUUCAGUAGAAAAUUCUGUGUCUGAAGAUCUAACUGAUGUUGAUACACAAGAAAGGAACAACUGUGAUCAGAUUGGCCACAAUGACAAAGAAAAUAAGCCUGUAUCGUCUGAUUCUGUUGGUCAUCUUAAAAGUAUUAUACCUACUUCUGUACCAGACACAGUGCCUAGAGUUUCACAAAAUGUGGUUGUGGAAUCAAUAGUGGAUGUCUCCACAAGUGCUGGAUAUACCGGUUAUACUGGGUUACAGAGUCAGCAGAACAGUCCACGAGUGGGUGCUAGGUCACCUGAUUCUGGUAUCACAGAGAUGACUGUCAAGACGGCAGAUGAUGCUACUAGUGGAAUGUCCAGUGAGUUGAUAUCGCCUGUUUCAAAUGCUGAAAAUGUUAAUUUUGAAAUGGGCACAUUGAGAAGUGGGAGAAAACGUGGUGUACCGCAACAAUCGUUGAAUAUUGAUACAGAUGACAAUACGGACAACCUUGAGGACUCAUUUCAAGCCUCAUCAUCAAAGAGAGUGAAAGUUUUACACGCACAUGAAGAUUCUGCAGUAACAUUACUCUCCCUUCUGAAGAAAGGUCCUAACUUUAACCCAGCAUGUCCUCCCAUGACAACUCCGGUUGCUCAGCAACCAUUACCUGAUUACUCUAAUGUAUCAUCUCCAGGGCAGGAUGAUUCCAAUAGUAUUGGAGAAUCAGAAAUGAGUGGAUCAAAACCAAAGUCAGGAAUAUCUACAUCUCUGUUAGCAGUAAUAGAACAACUUCGGGAACGCUCUAAAUCUGAUGCUGAUGAUGAUAAACCAGUUCCCCCACAACCUCCUCCAAAGAAAAUGUCAAAACGGCGCAGCAGGAAAAGUUCACAGGAAGACAAUACACCUGCCUCAGGUAUUGAAAAUGUUGAAGAGUUUUUUAUUGACGGUGAAGUUAGAUUCAGGUGCAAACUUUGUCAUUAUACAAAUGAAAGCACGGUUCUUUUACGUCAGCAUAUGAGAUUACACAAACCGAAACAGGAGUUUGAAUGUUCCCUGUGUGAUCUGAUUGCAGAAUCAAGUGAAGCAUUACAAGAUCACAUGAUUCAACAUUGUAAAGUUAGAACUUACCAGUGUAAGUUAUGUAACUCUACGUUCAAUUAUAAAAGUCAGUUGCGUGCACAUAUGCGUAUGCACAAUGAUCAGGACAUUUUAUUUUGCGAUUAUUGUGACUUUGAAACUCGAAAUUUAUCAGGUAUGAAAUUGCAUAUGAAAAGUCAUUUAACAAAGCCACCAUAUAAAUGUGACAGUUGUCAGGAAGAUUUUGUUUCGAGCUACAAUCUUAGAAUUCAUAAACGUGAUGGUUGCAACUCUAGUGCUGAUAAAAGUAAUACGAGUUUUAAGUGUGAUGAAUGUGACUUUGUGUUUUUUGGUCGUCGGGAAAUGAAAAACCAUCAACGUCUACAUAUGGGUAGAAGUAAGUCAGUUUUUCCUAUUCGCUGCCCAUACUGUGAACAUUCUGACUCGAGUAUCGAAAACGUUCAAAAGCAUGUUGCUGAAGUUCAUGGAGAAUCAAAACCAUUACGGUGUGACAUGUGUGGGUUUUUUGCAGUGUCAAUUAGAAGCCUUAAGUCUCAUAUGAAACGUCAUGUUAAUGAUCAAAGAUUUGUUGCCCAGCCACUGGAACAGUAUAAAUGUAAUCUAUGUGGCUAUGUUUGUCAUCAUUUACCGUCAUUAAAAUCACAUAUGUGGCGCCAUGCUGCUGACCAGCAUUACAGUUACGAGUUCACAAAUGAUGUCAUUAAUGCUGCCAUUGACUUUGAUGGUCAGACCGAUGUUUCAGAAACAACUAAAGAUCACGUUGACAAAUUUAAAGUGCUUAUAUUUGAUAAAAUGAAAGCUAAGGGACUCGAAAAUACUCACCCCACACUUGAUGAAAGUGCCAUGGCGUGCUGUUGGGUAACUUUCCGUUGUUGUCAGUGCGGGUUUGAAACUAUUAAUAAGGCAGAACUUAAUAUGCAUAUGAGCGAUCACAGUGAUGUGAUUAAGAUGACACUAGAGAUUGGCGAUCAGACGGUCAUUAUCGAUAACCAGGGUAACGAAGUCGAGGUUUCGUGAAUAUUCAUGACAUAAAUUUGUUAGACUUUACCAGUAGUUGAACAGUUAUAGAUUGUUGUAUUUUAUUUUUUAUUCCUUUUUUUUUAUUCUCAUGUUAAAAUUUAAUUUACAACCUUAAUAAAAGGUUUAGUUAGAAUAUAAAGACUACAGUGUAUAUGUAUCAGAUAUUCACUUUUAGUUAUACAAUUGUUAAUGGUGAAUUAUUAAUCUAAUGGUAAAGUAAGCAUUCUAUUAGAUGUGUACAAUCUGCAAGAAAAUGAUUCCUUCAUUACAUUACAAUUAUAUACAAACAACAAUUCUUCCUUUCUGUAUUUAUAAUUGUUUUCAGUGAUUUUGUUUAUAUCUUAAAAAAAAUUUAAAUUAUUUUUUAAGUAAGUUACUUAUUUUGGUUAAACAAAACAAAACUUAGGCAACUGUUUAUUUCAAAUAAUGCAGAAAUGCUUGUUAAUGACAGGAACACUUAGGAUACAAAAUUACAACAAUGUUAAUGUUAAAAUGAUAUUUUAAGACCUAUUCUUAAAGCAGCAUGGCUCCAGAUUCAUGCCAAUUUUCAUGAAAAUUUUGAAAAUGUUUUAAAAAGUAAAAAAAAAUCAAGUGAUGUUACAGUAAGAAAAGUAAUUUACAUAUUUGCAAAUGGCACUUUCAGUCCAACUAAAUUGCAAAAUAAAUUUUAAAAUAUGCAAAAAAGCCGUAUGUUUGUCAUGCAUUAGAAAUGAUAAAUUCUGCAAAAUCAGUCAUUCAUUCCAUAUAACAUGUAGAUUUUUACUUGAAUGGAAAAUAUGUUUACUUUGAUACUUUUCUUAAAAUCUUAGUACGUGGUAGAUGGGUUAAAAAAAAAUAAUUUUUUUUUGCUCAUCUGGAGGCAUGCAGCUUUAAUGAACAUUACAUUAUUAUUCAUGUCUUUACAAACAAUUAUGGUUGUGCUGCAAUUCAAUUAUUUUUUUACCCUGCAUGUCAGUGAUUUUCCUGCUUAUAUAUAACUCUGAUAAAGGGCUUCUUCCCAUCAUGCAGUUUUCCCGAAAAUCUGAACUUAAACCUCCUUUUUUUACUUCCCAAAUUAGGAAUAUUUAAGCGAUAAUUUUUCCCAAAAUCAAGAGGCUAAAGCCUUUUCUCAGUUAUGUGAGAAAAAUCACUCUAUUGAAAAAGUACAUAAUUAUAUUUGAUUACUAUUUCUCAUGCAUUUAUACAGCUUAUUAUUAUAUCUAUAUUAAAUUUGACAUUUCAUUAUAUACGGUUAAAUGAACAUAACUAUGUAAUAUGUAACAAUUAAACAGCUGACUUUUAUAAACAUAUAUUUACCAUUUUUACAUAUAUACAUGUACUUUAAUGAUCUGAUAAUGUCCCUCUGUCUGAAUAGAAAAGGAAGUACUUAGUCAAGUGUAUUUUCACUAGCUUUCAAUGAUUCUAUCUAUCGGGGAAAAUAAGUGAAAUGGAAAAGAAAAAAGAUCUUUCAUUGAUUAUAUUGAAAGUAAAAAGUGAUAAGAAUAUUUUCAGUCGGUAGUUUCUAACUUGUCUAGAAAGUAAUUACUUAGAAAAAAGUAAAAGGUGUAUUUUCAACUGAUCUUGGUCUGCACUGGUGACAUGGGUAGACUAAGUUGCCACUUGCAAUUAGAAGGAUAAAGAAAUUUGUCAUAGAUAAGAAGCCAUACCUGUGCAUUAUUAGUAUUUUGAAUUUAAUUUGUUUUGUUUUUUUUUUUUUAAAUCUAGCCGAGUAAGGUUAAUUUUUGAGGUUAUCACUUAAUUUUCAGAGAAAAAAUUGCCUUAAUCUUUUGCUUCAAGAUUUAUUACAAGUUAAAAGUGUAAUACCAAUUGUUAUUGUUAAAAUAUAUUUUAAAACAAUUUUCAAAAAAAGUUUUCCAGUUUUGUUUUCUUUUCUGUAUUUUUUUAAAAAUUUGUUUUAUGAUAAUUAAUUGUAUUUAUAUUCAUAGAAAUCAAUAAUAAAAAUUGGUGUUUUUACAUCAUUCUAUUUUUUAGGACAAAACAGGGUACUAGUAGUUUAAAAAGUGUGACAAAAUAUCAGCAGACCCCUUAAUGAAUAUUUUAACUUCAUUGAUGUUUUUUGUUAAAGUGUUAUCAUUUUCAGUAUAUGUAUAUUAAGUUUUGGCAAUUCAUGUGCUGGUAUACAUGUAGUUUUAAGUAAGCCAUAAAGUUAUCACAGUAAUUUUUUUUACAUCUUUAAGGCCAUUGGACUUUCAAUAUUGAUGCAAAGUUAUAAAAAAAAAAAUAUUGACAAUUUUCUUUUAUUUAUAUAAAAUAGGGUUAUUUUGACUUGUCUGCAUAAGAGUGAAAUUUAUUGGAUCAAGAUUGCUGUAAAAUGUGAUACCUUGAAAAAAUCAACAAUAUCCUAAUACAGACCAAAAGGUCGUACAAGAAAGUAUUCUUUCUGCAAUCAUAUACUCUGUGACCAUUUUAUAACACACCUUAAUAUAACCAUUGAAUAAUUAAAAUUAAACAGUUUCCAGUAAUGGUCAUAUUUAAGAGAAUCACACUUUUGUGUUAUACCUAUUAUUGUUUCUAUUUUUUUUUAUUUUUUUUUUUUACAAAAUGAAUAUAUAUAGCAAAAUAUACUAGAAUUACAAGUGUACAAUUCCUAAUCUUUAAUGUUAACAGCAUGCGAUUAUUCAGAACUAGUUUUACAAUGUCAUGUAUGUUUUCAGUGUUUGGAUAGAGAUCUGCUCAUUUUACCUUAUAUUACUUAACAGUUUUGAUGACUAAAAAAAGUGUUA